AUGAACUGCAAUACUGCUCGGGACAGAGAGACUUACAGGUUCUACCAGGCUGCCAUUAAUGCCCUCGAGCUUCGCCUCGUUGAAGACGCCCCAGGCUGCGUCGUCCCUCCCGCGGGAUUUAUCCCACGGCCCUGCAAGGAUACGGUUUUGACAGCUCUUGCGCAGCUCGGUGCCUUGCGUCUCAAUGUCAACCGGGGCCUAAUCUCCUUGCUGGACGGCAGGUACCAGUACAUUCUCGCCGAGGCGACUCGCUCACUCUCGCUUCUCCCGGCUAUAGAGUCGGACCCGAACGACGAUCUAUGGCUCGGAAGCGUCAUUAUACCGCGGAGCAAAGGUGUUUGUGAGCACGUCCUGAGUCUCGGCGAUGUCAUCCGAGAACCCACCCAUGCUCACUCGGACAUUCCGGCCGUGAUCAUCAACGACCUCGCCGAAGACCCACGCUUCGAAAACAGGUCAUAUGUCCUCGGUGAGCCAAAAGUCCGAUUCUAUGCCGGUGUUCCCUUACGUAGCCCUUGGGGAACAAUCAUUGGUGCCUACUGCGUUUUCGGUCACGAGCCUCGAAAUGGCUUGCCGCAAGAGCAGCUUCUCGCUCUUCAAGGCAUCGCAACAUCAGUCAUGGCAUAUUUAGAGACCAGAGAGACAUCCAUCCGAUCGCACGAUGAUCUGCAAUGCGCCCCUUCGGGACGACCACUUCCAGUCCAACAUUAUUCCAGCAGUAGCAUAAAUGCGGGCAGCAGUUCCGAAGAUCCAGGAAACCCGACGUCAGAUUCAAAAGACAUGAUGCCUCAGAGAAUGCAGAGUCCAAAAGGCAAGAAAAGACCCCGAGUCCUCAGCACGUCUACCGGUACGGCUCGCAAAAAGUCGACAAUCAGUCUUCAGGAAACCAUGCUACCGUCAGGCUCCAAGGACAUGUUCUCAAGAGCUGCCAACAUCAUGCGGGAAAGUACCGACGUGUGUGGCUGCGUCAUAUUUGAUGCCUCGGUUGCUACUUACGGCGCAGCCAUCAAUUUGCCCCAUGGAAGAGGCUCAGUCGAAUCCCGGAUAGGAAGUGCCAACAGCUUCUUGAGUGACGCCUCGUCGAACCACCCCCUCGGGAGCGACGAGCCUUCACCACGCGGAGAGCACUUGGGGGUUGGAGCACAAACGUCGGGUUCGGAUGGGGAUGGCUUGUCUGACAGAAAGAUGUGUGAGGUCCUCGGGUUUUCCCUCAAGGAUAAUGCAAAUGUCGACCUCAUCUAUCUCCAGGCCUUCGGCAACAGCGUCAUGAUGGAGCUUUCUCGACUCGACGCCAUUGGUUCCGAUCGGGCAAAAACCACGUUUGUGGCCUCCAUAUCGCACGAACUUCGAUGCCCGCUACAUGGAAUACUCGGUGGCGUCCAAUUCUUGCAGGAUACUCCUCUGGAUUCCUACCAAUCCGGAAUGCUGGACUCCGUGGCUAUGUGCGGAAAAACUUUGCUGGACACGAUUGACCAUGUGCUUGAUUUCGCCAAAGUCAACACAUUCACGAAGUUGCCUUUGAAAGCCUCUGGCAAUCGUCGACAGGAACCAAUAGAUUUGACGGUGCGCAAAGGCAGCCAAAGCCUAAGUGAACCUGCGAAUCUAUUUGCGAAUAUCGACUUGGCAAUGCUUACGGAAGAGGUUGUUGAAGCUGUGUUUGCUGGACAGGGCCAUCGAGUAGCUCUUAUCAGACUCGAGCAGACGAAUGAUCAGCCUAAGACAUACACAGUGUCUGGGUACAUCCGAAUUUCGAUGCGGUUCAAGCAAAAUAUGCCCAACUCCCGUCAAGAAUCCCAGAACAUUGACGUCACAUUGACAGUAUCGGACACUGGGAAGGAUGUGGUCAUUUGCCUCGAACCCCAGCUGGACUUCCUUUCGACUUUGAACGGUAUCACAUCGCCAGAGAAGAAGCCGCUGGUCAUAUUCAUCGUUUUGCACGCUGCCGAGGCAACAAAGCUACGGUCCGAUCCACGUAUUCACAGCAGCGAGCUCACUGUUGAUAUAAUUACUCAGCCUAUCCUCGAUCCCGAUACGAUACCACGGACUCUUGUCGAGAGGCAUGCCGCCAGCACAUCCAUACACGAGCCGCCGACCCCCAAUCAUCUGCGCAUACUGCUGGCAGACGACAACCGAAUCAACCUCUCACUCCUCACUGCCUUCAUGCGGCGCUACAACUUCGACUUCCAGGAAGCCAUGAACGGCCUGCAGGCCGUCGAGACGUACAAGCGAGCAGGCGGGCAAUUUGACUACGUGUUAAUGGACCUCACCAUGCCAGUCAUGGACGGCAUGGCCGCGACGCGCGAAAUCCGGCGCCACGAGCAGCGCGAGGGCUUGCCGCCGACGGUCGUCAUCGCCCUGACGGGGCUGGCCUCGGCCGCGGCGCGCGUCGACGCCCUCAGCAGCGGCAUCAACUUCUUCCUCACCAAACCGGUCAAGUUCCAGGCCCUGCACCAGAUGCUCAAGGGCGCGGCGGCCGGCGGCGCCAUGGGUCCGCUGCAACCGCCAUCGUCGUUGUCGCCGCCGUCGUCGUCGUCGCCGCCAUCGGCGCCCCCACCCCCGGCGCAACCGCAGAAGAGGGCGUCGGAUCAGGGGAUUGGGGAUUGA